CUGAGCGAGGGACACCAUGUCCGGCAGAGGCAAAGGCGGGAAGGGGCUCGGCAAGGGCGGCGCCAAGCGCCACCGCAAGGUGCUGCGCGACAACAUCCAGGGCAUCACCAAGCCGGCCAUCCGCCGCCUGGCUCGGCGCGGCGGCGUCAAGCGCAUCUCGGGGCUCAUCUACGAGGAGACGCGC